GGUUUGACCGGGAAGCGCUAGCGCUGUCCGCGCCGGAAGAUGAAGCAUCAUUGACGCUGGUGUUGCUAAUGGCAGCUCAUUUGUGUUGUCGUUCACUGUAGAGAGUUACCGUAAAGAAACGAAGAAGGAAAUCCGUGUGCUAAUAACAGGCAGGGAUCCACGUAGGAACCGCGUAGAAAGAGAGGCACUUUACACAGCACCGGCAUUUCCAAUACUAGGAGAGAGAUACAUUUAGUUAUAUUUAUUGGAAAGGGACUGCAUGUGAAUAUAAAUAUACAUGCAAUACUGGAAACGGGUGUAGCAGGAAUAUUAGACAUUAUCACUUUAGCGCUGACAUUUGUGUCAAAUAGGACACAUUUAAACAAAAUUGAGUAAGAUAAGAAUACAAAAACUAAAGUCAGGGCAAACGAGUGUAAUCCAGUAGAAGAAAACGCAUACGGCAAUAUUAUAAAUACAAUCUGUGUCAUUUUAUUAUUAUUGGUAUUAUUGUAUUUGUUAUUAUGUAUCUGUCACCGCAAUUUUAGACUCUUAAAAACAAGUUAUUUUUUAAAUGUAAUUUAUGAACGUGUUGUAAUAGUGUUUUAAUUUAGCAAACUGUAUAGAUUGUCGUUGUUUAUUUCACUCGCCUGGAACACUGCACAAUAAUAAUAAUAAUAAUAAUAAUAAUAAUAAUAAUAAUAAUAAUAAUAAUAAGUUGUGGCUGGUGUCUGGCACGAAGUGGUUUUAAUGAAUGUGUUGUUCGUGUUGAUACGAGUGUGCAGGCUAUCCUACGUUGCAGCAGGGGCUGGGGGCUGUCAGUAUUAUUUAAACAGUAUUAGAAACCUGGUUCCGGCCCAGGCACACAGAACUCCGAGUCUCCCUCCUUUAUUUCUGUACGGGCCAAUGCUGGAUCUGGAGGUCGUGCCUGAGAGAUCACUGGGAAAUGAACAAUGGGUAUUUGCACUAGGGAUGCCAUUGGCCCAGGCCAUCGCAAUUCUCCAGAGGCACUGCCGCAUCAUCAGAAACGUGCAGGUUCUCUAUAGCGAACAGAGUCCUCUUUGCCAUGACCUUAUACUGAACUUGACUCAGGAUGGAAUCAAGCUGCUGUUUGAUGCCUGCAGUCAGCGACUGAAGGUAAUUGAAGUCUAUGACUUGAGCAAAGUGAAAUUGAAAUACUGUGGAGUGCAUUUUAACUCUCAGGCAGUCGCGCCGACCAUUGAGCAGAUAGACCAGUCCUUUGGAGCAACGCAUCCAGGAGUGUACAAUGCAGCUGAGCAGCUUUUUCACCUUAAUUUCCGAGGUCUGUCUUUCUCCUUUCAACUGGACUCCUGGAACGAAGCUCCCAAGUAUGAGCCUAACUUUGCCCAUGGCUUGGCCUCCCUGCAGAUUCCUCACGGAGCCACUGUAAAACGCAUGCACAUCUACACUGGAAACAGUCUGCAGGAUACCAAGGCUCCAGCGAUGCCUCUUACCUGCUUUCUGGGGAAUGUGUUUGCCGAGUGCGUUGAAGUAUUAAGAGACGGGACGGGACCCUUAGGGUUAAGACUCCAUCUCCUCGCUGCAGGUUGUGGCCCCGGGGUGAUGGCAGAUGCUAAGGUUCGAGUGCUGGAGCGCUGCAUAUACUUCGGAGAUUCGUGUCAGGAUGUUUUGAGUACUCUGGGGUCACCACAUAAAGUCUUCUAUAAAUCCGAGGACAAGAUGAAGAUUCACUCUCCUUCUCCUCACAAGCAGGUUCCCUCCAAAUGCAAUGACUACUUCUUCAACUACUUCACGCUUGGAGUGGAUAUACUGUUUGAUGCCACUACUCAUCUGGUGAAAAAGUUUGUGCUACACACGAAUUUCCCUGGUCAUUAUAAUUUUAAUAUUUAUCAUCGAUGUGAUUUCAAGAUUCCACUUGCAAGUAAAAAAGUGUGUGUUGCAGGUGGUGCUGAUUCUCAGAUGGACGCAGGCACUUUGACAACUUACAGCAAGUGGGAUUUGAUUCAGGAGCAUAUUGGUCACCCUAUGGAAAAGCCGGUGGUCCUGCACAGGUCAUCUUCAGCAAAUAACAGCAACCCGUUCGGAUCUACUUUUUGCUUCGGACUGCAAAGAAUGAUUUUUGAGGUGAUGCAGAACAACCACAUAGCCUCAGUAACCCUGUACAGCAGCCAUUCUCGAGCAGCCGAAGCACCUGCCCAGUCCGAUCAACGAUGACCAGUGUGUGUGUUAGAGUUCUUUUGAAUGCCAACAUUUUAGUGAAAGACAGCUGACAGCAUCUUGUUUUUUAAUCUAUACUUGUCAUGGAAACUGCACACCCCAAUGUGCUUGAAAACAGUCUGUCUUAAACCUCUUGUAAAAAGAAAGCUGCAAUUCUCCAGGGCAUGGAACUCCUGGCGUAUUGCAGUACUCUGCUCCCCCCCCCCCUCCCUCCUCCUUUACAACCACCCACCAAUAUAGGGGUCAACCUGGUGUGUGGGCUAUCUUUUAAUAAUGCUUCAAGCUUUUAAAAAAAAAAAUAAUAAUAAUGCCCCGUUUUAAAAAAAAAAAACAUUUAAAAAAUGUAAAAAGAAAUAGAUGUAGCGAUUUUAACUUGUAUUACAUGACUAGACACUGCUGAUUGUGUUUUCAAUGUAUGUAUAGAUUUGUAAAUACAGCAUUUUUUCUACAGUUCUACAGUGUAAGCCUGCAUUGCUUCAUUAAGUCAGAAAUAUUUAUAUUGUGACAUUGCAAGUCUGGACCAGAAUCAGGGGAUACAGUAUGAGGAUGUGUGUUAAUGGUAUUUCUUUACAUUUAGUCUUCCCUUUACUGUGACUUUAUAGAGUGUUGUAACUAGCCCUCCAUGUACAGUAUGAUACAAGCUUACCUUUCUUCCAUUCUUAGCUGUUAACCGAGGCUCUUACUAAGGCUGCUUCUCUGUAUCGAUUGCUUGCUGAAGAUACUUUGUGUCUCUCAAUUUCCUGCACAUCCUGUCUGAAACUGUGUAAUGAAAUGCAUUCCGAGCAUGUAUUCUGAAAUGUUGAAAUGCAUUCCGAGCAUGUAUUCUGAAAUGUUGAAAUGCAUUCCGAGCAUGUAUUCUGAAAUGUUGAAAUGCAUUCCGAGCAUGUAUUCUGAAAUGUUGAAAUGCAUUCCGAGCAUGUAUUCUGAAAUGUUGAAAUGCAUUCCGAGCAUGUAUUCUGAAAUGUUGAAAUGCAUUCCGAGCAUGUAUUCUGAAAUGUUGAAAUGCAUUCCGAGCAUGUAUUCUGAAAUGUUGAAAUGCAUUCCGAGCAUGUAUUCUGAAAUGUUGAAAUGCAUUCCGAGCAUGUAUUCUGAAAUGUUGAAAUGCAUUCCGAGCAUGUAUUCUGAAAUGUUACCACGUCAGACUGUUAGUAAUGGUUUGUGUGCUGGACUGUUUUAAUAGAUAAACUGCAGAAAAGGUAUGGGUUACAUGUCCAGUGUAGAAACCUGAACCACAUAGUCUCGGAAUUGAUAUUAAAUGUCUUCAGAUACAUUGAAUUCGUGGCCAAGGGGUGGGUAGCAAACUUCUGAGCAUUCAGGCAUGUUUGAUUUACCAACAAACUGCUUUGACAAUGGAAAUAGCGGACUGUAAUACAAAUCUCUAAACUGGAAUACAGUUGCUAUGAAUAUGAUCGAAGCAACAUUCAUAUAAAUACUAUUUUCAAAUGUUUUUCAAAUCCAUCAUUUUUUUGGGGAUGCAUUUUUUUUUUUUUAAAUGGCCAUUGCUUAUUGAAAUUGUGAGCUGAUGCAUACAGUAGAAAUGUGGUGUUUGAAAAUUAUAGAUAUUUUUUAAUAUGUUUUAAUAACCUAUAAGUCUUUUCCGCUGUGACAUUUAAAUAAACAUAUCUAAAGUCUCUGCCACAUGGAGCUUUUGAAAAUGCCAUUGUUAAGCUAAGGGACUAAGUUUCAGGGCACUGCAUGGCAGACCCGGCGAGACUUUGGGUUCAAUACAGCAAAGUUGCCUCAAACCUAGGUCUCCUGGAAGCCACUGUUCCUGAAAAAGUGGCUUCGUGUUCCCUCAGCUUUAGCAUUUCAAAAGACGGCAAUAAACACAGCUGGUCCAAAUUGAAAUCCAACCAUAUGCAAAUUUACAGAGUAAUUUGUUGACUUUUUUUUUUUUUUUUUAAACCACUAGAUUCACAUUUUGAUACACGGCUCAUAAUCUUGUUCAUAUCCUCAAAUCCUGAAUCAGAAAAUAAAAAUGGAUGUAAUAAACACGUAAAA